UUUGCCGACAAACCCUAUCCGAUAACUAAAAAGAUCCCUGAAACCUUUGUCGACCCUUUGGAAUUGCAAGAAGAGGACGCUGGAUGCCUUUAAUGUUUUUGGUAGUGCUGUGAGCAAGAAAAAGACACUGAAAUGUCUUUAAUGUGUUUUUGGGCAGUGCUGUGGGUUUUUACGGUGUUCCAGGAUCACGCCCUGGCUGAUGCCAUAGCCUCGUGCAGACCUACCACAGGAGGAAGUUCCACCACAGUUCGGGUGGCACCUGAAUAUGAAGUCCCGGUUUAUCUGGCAGAAUAUCCCGCCGUUUCCAACCUCAACUGUCUCGCGCACUGCCCAUCUUACAAUAACUGCCAGUCCACGUACUUUGAUGAACGCGCCAAGAGAUGUUACAUUCUUGGUAUUCAGCAGGAGACGACUGGGUAUGAGACGAGCAGCGUGGUUGAGAGUGGAGGGGUGGUGACCAAUCUGCAGGCGCAGGCGGUUAACGCACUCGCGGAGUCAACCUACAGCGAGUGUGCCAACUCUCCUUGUUCAGAGGCGGGCCGAUGUCGGGCCACGUGUGACACCAGGGAGGUCUACUGUGUAGGCGACCUGUCGGACUGUGAAGAGACGCCAUUUUCUAACAUAUACGAGUGGACCACGACGACCUCCAAGAGCGUCGGCACUGGAACUGCGUUUACCAUAUCAUAUACCAAAAAGAAAGGAGCAGAAACUGGUCUUUACCUCAAAUGGAGUGGGACCAUGAGAUCAGCGUAUAACGUUGCGGGCGGAUGCACGUACUGGGUCUUCAUGAUUGACGGAUCAGAAUGUGCUGAUCCUGGGCGCAUCCGGUACGCAGAGUAUCACUCCCAAGCUAGAAACCACUUGAAACACACGGAGUUUUUCGGUAUCUGUAAUAACAUAGCAGCCGGAGUGAGAUCAAUUUCUCUGUCAACUGUUAGAUGUAGCACAGAUCGAAGUAACCAUGUUGGAUGGAACGCUAGAAGCAGGAUAACCGUGGCCGAAGUAGAAUACGGCGUCGGCUCUGGUGCAUGCGCCUCGCUCUCCACAUUUAACAUUCAAUAUCUGAACAAAUACCGCUACUCCAGCACAAGAAGUGAAAAUGUCCAUAUUAGCGAGACAUUCCGGAAGAGGGCCAGUGAUACCGCACUUGUCGUUCAUUAUUCUGGAAAUUUGUAUGUGUCCGGAAGCCCGGUUUGUUCGCGAUGGUACUUUAAGUUUAAUGGAGCAGAAUGCCAAAAUCCAGGCACAGUCGAUAUGGUUUUCUACACGCAGGGGGAAACCUCAGUUCACAGGGGAUAUGCAGUACACGGACUAUGUGAAGGACUUGCGGCAGGGACGGUUACGGUUUCCCUUCACGUUGGAGCCUGUUACGAUAGCUAUAGUGCAGGCAAUCCCCAUACCGGUUGGAAUCAAGAGAACUUGCUGAUCAUGGAGGAGUCGCGUCUUGGCAAUGAUAUAAGUGCUGUUCUCACCCCAAAUGGUCACGCAUAUCGUCUCCCAGUGGUGAACAGACAGCACGGGUGGUGGCUCAACCUUGACAACGGGAACAAUAAUGCACUCAUCAAGGCGUUCGUGUACAACAAAGUGUAUACGGACAGUGGCAUUAAUGUCAUAUGGAGUUUCAACUGUCGUAUCCUUGGAAACCCAAAUUGUGGACGCUGGUACGUGACGUUUAACGGAACCGCGUGUAGCAACCCAGGCAGUAUUGAGCGGGUGAUGCACGAGGGCGGUCCUUCGGAGGCCAACUGGCUACAGCCGUGUGUAUUGGACGGAAUCUGCCACGACAUUCCCAGCGGCCCAACAAGUGUGGAGCUAAGAACCGCGCCCUGUUCUGGUUAUUCUGGUCAUGGAAUGUACACUGGGUGGAGAUCCACCACCAACGUAAUUGUCGAAGAAGUGUUUGUAGGCGUUUAAAUACUAUUCGCAUUAUUAUCUUAUUAUUUUAUCAUUAUUCUUUUUAUUAUAAGUUCUGAAUGUAGGGAGCAAAUUAUACACCACCAAUGGACUCAGUCGCAUUUAUAAGUAAAAUAAAGAGUGCGUAUGUAUUCAAUCUUAAUCUUUGCCAUGCGGAUAAGACAGGUGUUUCAGAACUUUUCUACAAAAUACAUUUGGCUAGUUCAGGUGAACCAGAGAGUUAACCUCAGAAGUAGCCAUUCAAGUAUUUUUCUCCAGAAUUUGAUUUAUAAAGCGCGCACAUGAAAGUGCACAUACAAGUGAAAAGGUAUCCGCAAUGUAUAAUUUACCGGACAGAUCCAUUCUUGUAACUGUCUGGUUAUGGAUGUCCCAUAUCAACAUUUUUUUCUAUUUGCCUCACCCUUGAAUGGGAAUUUUUAGGUGUAUUGCUGCAAUUUGCAUAUUGAGAUUUUAGCCAACUUAUUGUCUGCUGUGCACGUAUAUUUGUCAUGUGUCUUAACUGCAAUUUUUAAAGGUUAAUUAAUGUUUAACGAACCCUAUAUUAUAAACAAUUAAAGCUGAUGAGGUUGAUUUCCGACCGCUCCGACCCAAAACAUCACAAAAGAUCAUGAGGUUGAAAAAAGAAGUAUGGAGACCACACAUUAAGUCUUCAGUUUCUUUACGUCAAGUGGGACCCUUUUGGUAGGCCAUAAUGCCAAUGUUUUGUAUUGUAGUAAUACGAAUUAUGUUAAUACUAUUUAUUAAUAGUAAUUAUAACAAUUAGAUUGUACACUAAAACAAGAGACAAAACAGCCAGAUUAUAAAAUGAAAAAAAAAGACAAAAUAAUUGGAUUUUACCAUCAAAUAAGAUGGUAUUAAAUUGUUCAAGCUCAAAGUGUAUGCAGCUUGAUGUCCUGUGAUUUGGUCAACUUUACACUCAAAACUACUUCUGCCCAACUUGACAUGUACCUCUGUUGACAAUGUGCGCUCUUGUAAUUGCUUUAAUUCAUGUGAGUGAAUAAAGUCGUGA